AUGCCUUCGGAAGGGAGAGAAUGUAUUUCGAUCCACAUUGGGCAAGCAGGGGCACAAGUUGGAAAUGCUUGUUGGGAGUUGUAUUGCUUGGAACAUGGCAUUGAUCAAAGUGGAUUUCUACAUGAGUCCAUCGACCAGAAGAAGAUGAAUUCACAGUCGCUUCAAGCAUUCUAUUCUGAGUCUAGCAAUGGGAAGUUCGUUCCAAGGGCCAUCUAUAUUGACCUCGAACCGACUGUGCUCGUUCAGAGGUUCCCUUACAGGACACCCGAAACACAAGAGGCAAUUCAUUCUAUUGCAGACGAGAUUCGUACGGGCGCGUUUUCGGGACUUUUUCAUCCGGAUCAGAUCAUCAGCGGUAAGGAAGAUGCAGCCAACAAUUACGCACGAGGACACUACACCCUAGGAAAGGAGUUGAUAGAUACCGUAUUGGAACGCAUCAGGAAACAAACUGAGACCUGCAUGGGACUUCAAGGUUUUCUCGUUUUCCACUCGUUUGGUGGUGGCACCGGUAGUGGAUUCAGCUCUCUACUCAUGGAAAGGCUGAGCACUGAAUACGGAAAGAAGAGCAAACUUGAAUUCAGUAUCUAUCCAGCACCACAGGUCUCAACAGCCGUAGUGGAACCAUAUAACUCAAUUCUGACGACUCACUGCACACUGGAACACUCGGACUGCUCCUUCAUGGUCGACAACGAAGCUAUCUACGACGUAUGUAGAAGAAAUCUCAAUGUUGAGCGUCCAUCAUACGUGAAUCUGAAUCGUCUUAUCGCCCAAAUCGUUUCUUCUAUAACUGCAUCGCUUCGUUUUGACGGCGCCCUCAAUGUCGAUUUGACCGAAUUUCAGACCAAUCUCGUACCGUAUCCACGAAUCCAUUUUCCUCUGGCUACCUACGCUCCAGUCAUAUCUGCAGAAAAAGCCUACCAUGAGCCAUUAUCCGUGCAAGACAUCACUAACAUGUGCUUCGAGCCCUACAAUCAAAUGGUUAAGUGUGAUCCACGAACUGGGAAAUACAUGGCAGUCUGCUUGCUGUAUCGUGGUGAUGUGGUACCGAAAGACGUCAAUGCUGCAAUCGCCGCUGUGAAGCUCAAGAAAGGAAUUCAGUUUGUAGAUUGGUGUCCGACAGGUUUCAAAGUUGGAAUCAACUAUGAGCCACCAACAGCUGUAGAAGGAGGAGAUCUUGCGAAGGUGAGUGAAAUUCUGUGUCCAACAGGAUUCAAAGUUGGAAUCAACUAUGAGCCACCAACAGCUGUAGAAGGUGGAGACCUUGCGAAGGUACAUCGAGCUGUAUGUAUGCUUUCAAACACCACUUCCAUAGCAGAAGCGUGGGCCAGGCUCGAUCAUAAAUUCGAUUUGAUGUAUACAAAGCGAGCAUUUGUACAUUGGUACGUUGGAGAAGGCAUGGAGGAGGGCGAAUUCAGUGAAGCCAGAGAGGAUUUGGCA